AUGAAAGAGACGAAAGGCUGCGCCUCCGCUGCCAUGGAUGAGCUUCUUUCCUUGACGGGACUCAAGAAGGUGAAGAUGACGGCCAUAAGCCUGUACAAGUCCGCCCUGCAGUUUCAGCGCAUGCCACCCGACGUCCGGAAGAAGAACCCACUGAACUUGAACUAUUGUUUCCUGGGAAACCCUGGAACCGGCAAGACGACGGUGGCACGCUUGCUCGCUUCGGUUUUGCAUGAUUCGGGCCUGCGGAGCAAGAACGUCUUCAAAGAGUGCACGGCGCAAAAGCUGAAGGACGAUGGCGUGGACGAGUUUAGGAAGAUUUCACAAGAAGCGCUGGAUGGAGUGAUCUUCAUUGAUGAGGCGUAUGACUUGGAUCCGGCAGGCGACAAGUUCAAGGGCGCCCCGAUUGUCAACGAGCUCGUCACCCUCACUGAGAACGAACGCGGCCGACUCACCUGCGUCCUGGCCGGGUACGAGGACGACAUGAAUUCCAAGAUUUACGCGUACAACAGCGGCCUGAAGAGUCGCUUUAACGAAGUCCUUUUUGAAGACUUCGACGAGAGGGAGCUGGCUCAGAUUUGGACGCACAUGCGUUCUCAGCGUGGUUGGAGUGAAGAGGAUCCGCGCCUCACAGACGUUGUCGUGAGAAGGAUGGCGAAAAGCCGCGCGAAGAAAGGCUUCGGCAACGCCAGAGAGGUGAGGAAGUGUCUGGAGGCGGCGACAGCAAGUGCCAUGAGCCGGGCAGAUUUCGAUCCUGAAGCCAUGUCUCUUCAGUUUGUGGACGUGGUGGGCGAGGAUCCCCGAUCGAACCCGAAGCUUGAACGUGUCCGUAGUGAAAUUGAGCAGAAAACUGGCUGGAACAGAAUCAAGAAGACCAUCGACGACUUGAUCACUAUAUGUGGCACCAAGUACCAGAAGGAGCUCAACGGCGAAAAGCCGCUUCCUGUGUUCUUGAACCGCAUGUUCCUGGGCAAUCCUGGCACCGGCAAGACGACCUGUGCGAAGCUGUAUCCAGAGCUGCUCAAGAACCUGGGUUUCUUAAGCUCUGGAGAUGUGGUCUUCAAGACCGCUGGCGAUCUUGGGGGGUCAGUCGUCGGCGAGGCCCAGCAAAAGGUCCUCAACGUGCUACAGUCCGCUGCUGGAAAAGUUCUGGUGAUCGACGAGGCCUACAACCUCAACGACGGCCUUUAUGGCAAGCAGGUGCUAGACGUUCUUGUGGAGAAGAUACAGGGAGGUGACAACGACGACAUUGCGGUGCUGCUCCUAGGGUAUGAGGACCAGAUGCUGUCCAUGCUUCGGGAGCAAAAUCCGGGUCUUGCUCGCCGAUUCCCCCCUGAACAGGCCUUCUAUUUCGAAGACUAUACCGAUCAGGAGCUCAUGCAGAUCCUGCGGCAGCACUGCCGCAGCGAAGGUGUCAAGCCUUCCAUGGACUUCCAAGAGAAGGCGAAGAAGAAGCUUGACAUGCUUCGCCGAAGCGAGUCACACUUUGGCAAUGCAGGGGCAGUGAUGAACUUGGUGAAAGCAGCGAUGCUGAAGGCUUCGUCUCGUGGAGGCGAUGGCCAGCUCUGCUUGGAGGCAGCAGACAUUGACAUCGGACCCGAAGCCGACAGCCAACAGGACCCUUUCAGUCCGCUGGACAAGCUCUAUCGCAUGGACGGAAUCAGGCAAAAGCUCAAGCAGCUGAGCAAUGCCUUCUCUGUGGCACAAGAGGAGGGAGAUGAAGCGCCUGAGCUCGGACACUUCGUCUUUACUGGGGCCCCGGGCACCGGCAAAACGACAGUGGCCCGAGUAAUGGCGCAGAUUCUCUUUCAGCUUCGACUCCUGGCAAAGGAUCGUGUGCAAGGCGGGGCCCUCUUGGCCAGCAGGUGUAGGGUAUACAGAGAUGGCUGUGUUGCUGUUGCCCGUGCUCUUCGGAUUGGGAUUCUGACAUGUCCAUACCUUUGCACCCGUGUUCUUUCAGAAACCUCGGGCCUGAACCUGACCGGGGAGUAUGUCGGGCAAACGAAGAAGAAGGUGGAGCAGGAGCUGGAGGCUGCGAAAGGAGGUGUCCUGUUCAUCGAUGAGGCGUACGAACUUGGCAAGGGCCCUUUUGGGCAAGAAGCCUGUACCGCGAUCGUUGCGGCGAUGACGGAUCCGAAGUAUGCAGGAGUCGUGAUCAUCAUUGCCGGGUAUCCGGGGGACAUUAACAAGAUGCUGGACACCAACCCCGGCUUGAAGAGUCGCUUCACACACUUCUUCGAGUUUCCUGACUGGACGGCCGCCGACUGUGUGGAUUUGAUCAAGAAGCGAGUUCCCUGGAUGCGAUUCCGGGUGCAGAAGAAAGCACCGAGCCCAGCCAACCUAUCGCCAUGCACGACUGAGGCAAUGAACGGCAGCUACGGCUUGAAAGCAGAAGCCCUUGCAGUGCUAGAGGGUGGCUUCGAAGAGCUUCGUGAGCACGAUGGCUGGGGCAACGCCCGCGACGUGGACAAAGUCUGGAAAGCGUCCCUCCAGCAGCGGGCGGACCGUGUGGUCGAGACGCCGGAAGGCGCAGAGAAGACCUUGCGAGAGAGUGAUGUGCGGCCGGCGAUCGAGCAGCUGUUGGCGGCGAGAUGCCGCAAGGCAGCUCCCAGCGUUCCCAGCUUCCCCUGGGAGUCUCUGCCUUGCCAGACGAAGGAGCCCCAAACAAAGGAGAGCCUUGGCCAGCAUGGCCAGCACCGGAUGCUGCAAGAAAGCUUGAAGCAGGUUCAGCCCGAGGAAGAAGAAGAAGCGGCUUCCGAAGCGCCACUCGGUCCAGCCAACGCCGAGCAGAGGGAUGCAGGAGUCAGCGACGAAGACUGGCAGGAGCUCCAGCGUGCCAAGGAAGCUUUCGCCGCGGAGGAGGAGCGGGUGGCCCGGGAGCUGCGUGACCUGGAGGAGCGGCUGAAAGCAGAAGCUGCUCAGCGUGAGGAGGAGCUCCGACGAGAGCUGGAAGCAGAGCUGCGUCGGUUGGAGGCUGAGGCAGCAGAGAAGGCUGAGCAGGAGCGCCUGGAGGCCGAGCGGCUCCGCGCCAAGGUGCUGAUGGGGCAUGGUGGCACCGAUGCCUUACAGGCCGAGCUUGAAGCGCGCCUCGAGCGGGAGCGCCGGGAGAGGGAGCGAAGGCGCCUGGAGGAGCAAGCGCGAAUUCGAGCGGAGCAAGAGAAGCAGGCACGAAUCCGAGAGAAGCUUCGACAGAUCAGCCCCUGUCCUGCGGGCUUCAACUGGUACAAGACUGGACAAGGUUGGCGUUGCGGAGGUGGCAGCCAUUUUGUGUCGGACGCGCAGCUGCUUGGACUGCAAUGGUGGAUGGCGGGGCAGGAGCUGCUUGCUCGCUCUCACCUUGGAUUACGCAAACAUUGGAGUUGA